GCCUGGCAGCAGCCGGGGAGGCCGCCAAUGGCGCAGGAGCUGCAGCGGCUGCACGGUGGGAUGCCGCCGCCGCAGUGGCCGCCCGGGCAGCCCGCGCCCGACGCCGCGGCCCUGCUGCUCCAGCAGCUGCGGCACGGCCACCUGGGCCACCAGCCCCCCCCGCGCCCUGCGGCCCGCCGCCGGGAUCCCCAGUCGACCCACUGGCGGCGCCCUUGCCGCCCGCCGCGCUCUCCCUGAGCAGCGCGCUGCCGCCACGGGGGCCCCCGCAGGGGCCGCCAGGCGCCGGCGCAGGCAGAGGCCCUUACACGCACGGGGCCGCCUACGGCGCGGGCCCGCUGGGGCACUGCCUGGCGGAGGGCGGCCCCGCGGCCGGCGGCUACGCCCACGCGG